AUGGCGUUUACUUCUGGUGAUGAUCGCACUGACAAAGCAGACUCCGAAUCAGUCACGUGCUCCAACACAGGGUUCUCAGUGGACGUGGUAAAACCGUCAUCCUAUUUCACUCCCUACGUUCAAUAUUACCGCGGAGACGCCGACUGCACGGUUACCUUGACAUCUAGUGACACCUAUAGGAUAACCUUUAACAGCCUCACCGCUUGUGGAUUGUCUAGCAGUGGAGGAGGUGGCACUUACUCGACUACUGUAGUCGUACCAGUUCGCAGUGACGGCCUGGAAACUGCCUCAGACAUCUUGAAAUACGUCACAUGUAACUUUCCUGGCACAAGAAGCAUAGCUGCGGCCGCUAACGCCUUCGGCGUCAAUAUUGCCAACAAUCCAUCCAACAAUAUCAGUAAUACGAUCCGAACACCAGGGGUCCGAGUUCUGGUCCUGAACGCCAACGACGUCCCCUUGGCCAGUGGCCAAACUGUCACUUUGGGAACAGAGCUUGAACUGCGCUUUGAACUCACAGACGACAGCGAUGGCGUAUACGGUUCCAUUAAAGUUGUCCAUGUGUAUGUGGCUCCAACCAGCGAUGAAUCCGACUCUGAGAGUAAACAACUUAUAGACGAGGAUGGCUGCCCAUUGGAUACCAGUCUUCUCCAAGCGGUCACCAAACUAACAGACGGCACUCCAACCGCCAAUGCCAGGACGGCCCAUGCUGACUUUACCGCUUUUAAGUUUUCAUCAUCCAAUCAGGUUUACUUUCGCGCAACAGUUCUCGUCUGCCCGUAUUUCAAUGGAACAUCCUGUGAACCGGCUUCAUGCUCUGGCACCACAAGCGGAUACGGCAGAAAGCGCCGCGAGAUCGAUAUUGUUACCUCCAAUGGCAGCACCACCAUAUCGACUACAGAGAUACACGCGACAAACGUGAUUAAUGUGCGGACAAGAAGAACCGGCAUAGACGACACUGGCGGUCAGACCGGAUUCUGUCUUAGUACUCCGGGCUUUGCUGCUGCCGCUAGUGUUUUUAUCGCCACAGCUCUGUGCUGUGUUAUCCUCUUCGUUUGUUUGGUUGUUACGAUUCAUCGAAGAAGACGACAAAAUGAGAAAAUAAUCGAGAGGCCAGCAGAAGUUGAUUCUGUUCAUGAUAACAAAUGUAAUUUCCCAGAACAGAAAAGUAUCUCUUUCCCUUCGCUGGAGCCAUUGGGUAAUCAUAUUAACUGUCAUCAGCAGCAGCAACCGAAAUUACAACAACAACAACAGCAGCAACAACGCAAUAUCCACCAUCGUCACCACCAUCGCAGCAACAAACAACUUCAGGAAAAAGAACAAUCAAACAACGGUGUGAUUCAUUGCCGUUAUCAACGGCAGACGCCCGACUGGCAAGUUUCAGAGAAAUCGGCAGAGCCGACACCGCGAGCCCCUGGAGAGACGUCGUGGCACAGUUUUGAGAGCUUGGACACCGAAGUGAAGCAAUUUCCAGGCUUUACGUCACUGGCAGACCAAAGGAACGCCGCAUUCCGCCAUUCUAACUUGAGCUUGUGAUUAUUUUAACCAUACUUUUAUCAUUGACAUGUAAAUACAUGUUGCUUUUGUAAUAAAAUACUUUGU